AUGGCUAUCCAAAAGAUCUUUUCCAGACAAGUCUACGACUCCCGUGGUAACCCAACUGUUGAAGUUGACUUGACCACUGACAAGGGUACCUUCAGAUCUAUUGUCCCAUCCGGUGCUUCCACUGGUGUCCACGAAGCUCACGAAUUGAGAGACGGUGACAAAUCCAGAUGGGGUGGUAAGGGUGUCUUGAAGGCCGUUGCCAACGUUAACGAAGUUUUGGGCCCAGCUCUUAUCAAGAGUGGUGUAGACAUCACCAACCAAGAGGCUGUCGAUGAAUUGUUGAACAAGUUGGACGGUACUCCAAACAAGGGUAAGUUGGGUGCUAACGCUAUCCUAGGUGUCUCCAUGGCUGUCGCCAGAGCUGCUGCUGCUCAAAAGGGUGUCCCAUUGUACAAGCACUUGGCUGACUUGUCCCAAAGCAAGGAAGGUUCUUACGUUUUGCCAGUUCCAUUCUUGAACGUGUUGAACGGUGGUUCUCACGCUGGUGGUUCUUUGGCUCUACAAGAAUUCAUGAUUGCUCCAGUUGGUGCUAAGACCUUCUCUGAAGCUCUAGAAUUGGGUGCUGAAGUUUACCAACAAUUGAAAUCUUUGAGUAAGAAGCAAUACGGUCCAUCUGCCGGUAACGUCGGUGACGAAGGUGGUGUUGCUCCAAACAUUCAAACCGCUGAUGAAGCUCUAGACUUGAUCAUGGCUGCUAUCAAGGCUGCUGGUCACGAAGGUAAGGUCAAGAUCGGUAUGGACUGUGCUUCUUCUGAAUUCUACAAGGACGGUAAGUACGACUUGGACUUCAAGAACCCUAACAGCGACCCAUCCAAGUGGUUGUCCGGUCCACAAUUGGCUGACUUGUACCACGCUUUGAUGAAGAAAUACCCAAUUGUCUCCAUCGAAGAUCCAUUCGCUGAAGAUGACUGGGAAGCUUGGUCUCACUUCUUCAAGACCGCUGGUAUCCAAAUCGUUGCUGAUGACUUGACUGUCACCAACCCAUUGAGAAUCAAGACCGCUGUCGAAAAGAAGGCUGCUGACGGUUUGUUGUUGAAGGUUAACCAAAUUGGUACUUUGACCGAAUCCAUCAAGGCUGCUCAAGACUCUUUCGCUGCCGGCUGGGGUGUCAUGGUUUCCCACAGAUCUGGUGAAACUGAAGAUGAAUUCAUUGCUGACUUGUCUGUCGGUUUGAGAACUGGUCAAAUCAAGACUGGUGCUCCAGCUAGAUCCGAAAGAUUGGCUAAGUUGAACCAAUUGCUAAGAAUCGAAGAAGAAUUGGGUUCCAAGGCCGUUUACGCUGGUGAAAAAUUCCACCACGGUAGAGAAUUGUAA